UGAUCAGCUGCGGAUUUAAAUAGGAGUGACCUCCGGCUUGAGCUAGAGGUGGGAAAGAGAGAGAGAGAGAGAGAGAGAGAGGAUCGCUGUCCGAGCUAAGUUAUCGUUUGGAAAUGUCUGAGCCUAUUAGAGUUCUGGUGACUGGCGCUGCUGGGCAGAUUGCCUAUUCCCUGUUGUUCAGCAUUGCCAAGGGAGAUGUCUUUGGCAAAGAUCAGCCUGUCAUUUUGCUCCUUUUGGACAUUACGCCCAUGUUGCCAGUCCUGGAAGGUGUUGUCAUGGAGCUGCAAGACUGUGCCCUCCCACUUCUGAGAGAGAUUGUCCCCACUGACAAGGAGGAAGUGGCCUUCAAGGACCUGGAUGCAGCCAUCUUGGUGGGCUCCAUGCCAAGGAAGGAGGGCAUGGAGAGGAAGGACCUGCUCAAAGCCAACGUGGCCAUCUUCAAGAGCCAGGGAUCAGCCCUGGAGAAGUACGCCAAAAAGACCGUCAAGGUGCUGGUUGUGGGAAACCCUGCCAACACCAACUGUCUGAUUGCAGCCAAAUCUGCUCCCUCCAUCCCAAAAGAGAACUUCUCCUGCCUCACCCGUCUGGACCACAACAGGGCUCGCUCUCAGGUGGCGAUGCGCUGUGGUGUUCCCGCCACCCAUGUGAGAAAUGUCAUCAUCUGGGGAAACCACUCGUCCACCCAGUACCCAGACGUGCACCACUGCAUGGUCAACAUGUCUGGUAGCGAGCUCGCCUGCUUUGAUGCAGUCAAGGAUGAUGCCUGGCUUAAAGGAGGUUUCAUCACUACAGUGCAGCAGAGAGGCGCAGCAGUCAUCAAGGCCAGGAAGCUGUCCAGCGCCAUGUCUGCAGCCAAGGCCAUCUGUGACCACAUGAGAGACAUCUGGACAGGCACCCCUGAGGGUGAGUUCAUCUCCAUGGGUGUUUACUCAUCUGGCAACUCCUAUGGAGUCCCAGAUGACCUCAUCUACUCAUUCCCCGUCCAGAUCAAGGACAAGACCUGGAAGAUAGUGGAGGGCCUGGCCAUCAACAGCUUCUCCCAAUCAAAGAUGGACGCCACAGCAGCGGAGCUGAUAGAGGAGAGAGACACAGCUGUGGCUUUCCUGGGAGUAUGACUGUACCCUGCAAGGUCACCCAGCCAGCACUUAGACUUCCCCGAAACUCCAGACGCACGCCUGUGAUAAAGCACUCCACCAGCCCCGGCAUUUGUGUGUGUGUGUGUGUGUGUGUUUGAAAGAGAAGAGUCAGUGUUUAUGAUUGUAAAGUUGGAUUUAUACUUGUAUUGUGGGAGGCUACAGCAUAGAAAUUAGCCUUAGCACCUUUUCCAAAAUGUGCAGCAGCUACAUAGGUACCAAACGGAGACAGAGGUUGCUUGAAGUUUUUGAUACAGGUGGAGAUUGUUGAUAGUGAAGACAACUUUAUGCAAGUUAAGGAGAGGCCCAGUAAUUGUCUCCAUUAUAUCAGACACAUUUUGCGAUUUGGCAAAUCCAUUUGCACAACAAAGCAUCUACUUACUCUGACCGCUCCUGUCUAUCAAAGUGGAAAAUAAAAGAAGGUAACCAGUUUACUUUGGCUAAAAAUUAUUCCACGGCAUUAGUCUCUUUUCAUUAGAAAGCAGACAAUCAUAGCAAGGCUGCUGUACACUAAAGCACAAGUAUAACUCCAACUUAAGUAUACAGUAUAUACUGAAAGUUCAACGACUUUAUUACUAGCUAUUUUCCAUUAACUUUUCUCUGGGGGUAAGUGAAACGUGGAUGGUUGUUACAUAUAGUCAAUGAUGAAGUCCUCAAACACUGGAAUGCAUCACUUUUAAAGCUCAAACAAUAAAAAAACUAACAAUGUA